AGAGGAAGAAGAAAGUGAAUAAAAGUUUGUGUGUUUUAAUGAGUCUGAUUUUGAAUGUACCUUUUAAUGAAUUUGGUCAGUAAGUUAAGCUAAUGUUACUGUAGAAAAUUCAGAUUGUUUUAACUUUAAGUAAUCGUAUGUUAUAAGCAGUUUUCACUUUUUUAAUUAUGUCCUUAUAUCUUGUAAUUUGUGUUGGACUUCUAAUAUUUUGUAUCUACAAAAUGAACUAAUAUAAUUUGAAAUGCUUUAUUUUCCAAGAACUUUGUUGCUGCAGUUGUUAAACUUUAUCAUGUUCUGAAUUAUUUCAUUAGUUGUUUUGUUUUUAUUCAAAGUUGUGCAAGGCAUAGGUAAUUGACACUUAAGAAUAUGAGUGAUUCGCCAUCAUCAGUUGCCGGUGUUCCUUGUACUCCUACUACUCCAAGUACUCCAGAUAUCUCUAUUGGGUCUACUAGCGGCUCAUCGACAUCUAGUCGGUUGGUCAUCUCAGUUGUAGGAGAAAAGUUUGUUCCUAAUGGUCAUUCUAUUUCGAAGAGCAUCACAGAAACAUUCAAGGAACGACAAGAUGCUACUGGUUACUCAUGGAAGGAUGUUAGUGAAUCCACUCGUAAAUUCUAUUGGCAUGAAUUUGUGAAAUUAUAUCAGUGGAACCCUUCUGAGACUACCGUAAUCGAACACACCUGGGGUAAAGUGGCAUCCACCUUAUACUCUAAGAAAUUGCACCGUUGGCGAAAACGUCCCAGACCUACUUUUGUUCCAGAAGAUGUAUGGGAAAGCUGGAAGACAUAUUGGGCCUCUGACAAGUGGCUGGAAAAAUCUCGUAUCGCCACUCAAAAUCGACGCAGUGAGACCGGUGGUCCAGGCACUGGUCCAAGCAAGCAUACUGGUGGUUCUAAAUCAACAGUGGAGCAUACUAUAAAAUUGGCAAUAGACCUACGUCGUCCUGCAAAUUCAUGGGAUGUCUUUAAGAAGCUGCACAAAAGAAAGGAUGACAGUUUUGUUGAUCCCAAGUCUAAGAGCAUUAAUGAUGAAAUGGAGGCUAGGGUGGCUGCUGCUAUAAGCUCAUCAGAUGAUUCACAAGAAGUUCAAGAACUCGAUAUAAAUCACAUAUACUUGGAUGUUGUGGGUGGAGAGAAAAAACGACGUGUGUAUGGAUUGAGCUCUCAAGCUUUGACUAUGUAUAAAGAUUAAAAUUCUGCCACUUCACGCAAUAUAGUGACUGAUCGUUUUGAUGAUCAAGAGCGCAUCAAAUUACUUGAGGAAGAGAUGUUGCGAAUGAAAGAAAACCAAGAGAGGAUUCUUCAG